AUGUCGACCAAAGCAGAACAGGCAGUCAAGCCGGUAGAGCGACCUUUUGCGCUCAUCGAUUCGGAUCCUCACGCCAAGCGCGUGAUGAGCUACAUGAGACCAUCAGACUAUGCCGUCUGGGCAAGUGCUACUGCUACCUUUCCAGCGCUACAGUACCUCAAACAAACGCAAAGCCCAUUGGGUGCAAUGCCUAAACAUAUGGGGACAGCUCUCAAGAUAGGCGGCUUCUUGGGUUUUGUGGGUGGCUUCCUGCUGGCUUACCAGCGUAGCACAUUCCGCUUCUGGGGCUGGACAGAGAAUGCGCAAGAAGUCGAUAGAGACUACAAGGAACUGUCUGCACGAGCCAAAGCAGGCUUACCGCUCUACGGUGAGAGCAGUCAGCCGGACUACAUCCAGGGCGUUGCGUUUCGCAACUCCCAAUGGUCACAGCUCAAAUUCCAAGCGAUACCCUGGUUCAACUUUGUCAAUCACCCUUAUCAUGGCGUGGAUACGACAAAGUACUACAAGGAGGCCGCCGAGAAAGAGUAG